CCCUUCAAAUAUCGUAGUACAUGUGUUGUGUGGUCUUUAUAUAUUGUUUUCAAAUUCGAUACACGAAUAUGAUGACCCAACGAACAACAAACUACAAGUGAAAGAGUAAAUCAAUUGUUCAUUUCAUGCUUCACACAAUACCUAAUAGUUAAAACAAAUAAUCAUUUCCCUCUCCCUAAAUCUCAAACCACCUUCAAAAAUAGAUCUAAUAAUUAUUUAAACGAAACCAACAUUACGUAUCCACAUCAAACACCAAUUUCUCAACAUCUCAAAUAAAUAAAUUAUACAUCCCCACAACACCCAAAUCAAAAAACACUAAAUCAAAUUAUCCACAAACAUUCCCAUAAAUUAAAACAAACAAUAAAAUCAAAAUCAAAAUUCAUUAAAUUAUCCAAAUUUCUUGGAUUGCACGUCCUUUUAUAAGAACAUCCAUCCACCAAGCGAGUAACGACCAAGUCAAGAGUAGGAAAAGGAACCUAAAAAGAACCCCCAAAAAAAGGAGGUCCAAAGAUAAAGAUUAUUUAUGCUUUAAUCCUUUUAUUUUCAGGGAAAUUGAUGCUUUAAUUCUAGUUUAAAUCCAUAAUUAUAAUUUUAUUAUAUACAACUUGCUGCCUAAUUAGGGGCAGACCAUACAUAUAGUUGUACAUAUAUACGCAUACAGUUAUACUAAAGUCUAUAAAUAUUCGAUAUUUACCAAGAAAGGCUACAAUUAUCUACCAUAUUUCAUACAGUGCAAAUUUGAUUAAUCGUAGAAAUUGUUUUGGUUGAUCUAAGAAGGAAGAAUGUCAUCGUUGUCGUUGUCGUCGUCAUCAUCGAAAGCGAAAUCGUGGAUGUGUGGGUGUUGUGGCAAUGGUGGGGGUGUGGAACCAGGCCCAGAUGCACCAACUGAUCAAGCUGUUCAACUUCAGAUUCUUGAUCGUUAUGUUGUGUUAGACAAUGGCAUUGCUCGAGUGACAAUAUCGAAACCAGGAGGAAUUGUUACUGGAAUAGCUUAUAAUGGCAUUGACAAUUUGCUUGAAUCUCGAAAUCCUGAGGACAAUAGAGGGUAUUGGGAUCUUGUUUGGAAUGAUGCUAAUACACCAGGGACAUUUGACACGAUUAAAGCAACAACUUUUCAGGUGAUUAUGUCAAAUGAUGAUCAGGUGGAAGUUUCCUUUAGUAGACAGUGGGAUCCUUCACUCAAGGGCAAGUUAGUCCCAUUGAACAUCGAUAAAAGGUUUAUAAUGUUGCGUGGCUCAUCCGGGUUCUAUACCUAUGCAAUCUAUGAGCAUAUGAAAGAUUGGCCUGGCUUCAGCAUGGGUGAAACUAGGAUCACAUUCAAGCUCAAUAAACAGUGGUUUCACUACAUGGCUAUUGCAGAUGACAGGCAAAGGUUCAUGCCUUUGCCUGAUGAUAGGAUGCCCGGAAGGUGCCAAAAACUUGCCUAUCCUGAAGCUGUUCUGUUGACAAACCCUGUAGAACCAAGCCUUAAAGGAGAGGUUGAUGACAAAUACCAGUAUUCAUGUGACAACAAAGAUAUCCUAGUCCAUGGUUGGAUUUGCACUGACCAGCCUACAGGAUUUUGGCAAAUCACACCUAGCUACGAGUAUCGGUCUGGUGGGCCCGUCAAACAAAACCUGACAUCCCACGUGGGGCCUACAUCCUUAUCAGUGUUUUAUAGUGGUCAUUAUGCAGGGGAUGCUCUGGUGCCGAAAUUUGAUGAUAAUGAGCCAUGGAAAAGGGUAUUUGGGCCUGUUUUCAUCUACUGCAAUUCCUGUCCAAAAGAUGUUGAUUUUCAUUCGCUUUGGGAAGAUGCUAAAAAGCAGUUGGUAGUAAAAACUCAGAACUGGCCUUAUAGUUUCCCAGCUUCAGAAGAUUUUCCGAAACCUAAUCAAAGGGGUAAAGUCAGUGGCAGAUUACUAGUCCGAGACAGGUAUGUUAGUGAUGAUCAUAUUCCAGCAAAUGGAGCUUAUGUGGGACUAGCCCCACCAGGACCACCUGGAUCGUGGCAAACUGAAAUCAAGGGUUAUCAGUUCUGGACAACAGCAGAUGAGAAUGGUUCUUUCUCUAUCGAGGGCAUAAGAGAAGGAGAUUAUAAUCUCUACUCUUAUGUUCCUGGUGUCAUUGGAGACUAUAGAUGUGAUGCUGUCAUUACCAUAACUGCAGGUUGUGAUGCACAAAUGGGUGACUUGGUGUAUGAACCUCCUCGAGAUGGACCAACCUUGUGGGAAAUCGGAUUUCCUGAUCGCACUGCAGCAGAAUUCUAUGCUCCUGAUCCUAAUCCUAAUUAUGUCAAUCAACUCUAUGUUAAUCAUCCUGACAGGUUUAGGCAAUAUGGAUUGUGGGAGAGAUACACAGAAUUGCACCCAAAUGAUGAUCUAAUUUUUACCAUUGGUGAAAGUGAUUACCGAAAGGAUUGGUUCUUUGCUCAAGUUCCUAGGAAGACAGAAAACGUGUUUGUAGGAACAACUUGGCAAGUUAAAUUCAAAUUAGAUGAGGUAGAUCAGAAAGGGAUCUACAAAUUGAGGCUGGCAAUUGCUUCUGCUACCCUUGCUGAGGUUCAGGUACGGAUGAACGAUCGAAAUGCAAAUCGACCCAUAUUUACAACAGGACUUAUAGGGAGGGAUAACUCAAUUGCAAGACAUGGAUGUCAUGGAUUAUAUUGGCUUUAUAACGUGGACAUACAGGGUUCAAAGCUUGUAAAAGGCGAUAAUAUUAUGUUUUUGACUCAACCAAGGAACCAAAGCCCAUUCCAAGGAAUAUUGUAUGAUUAUAUACGUCUCGAAGGACCUCCUACCAAUGAAGCAAUCUAAUACGAGUACCAAGGACUGACUCACUUGGUAAUACUCUUACUUGAAAUCAUGAUAUAUAUAUGUUUGAAUUUUAUCGAGUGAGGCUACCUUACCUGCAACUACGAAAUGAAUAAACUUACAUCUCCUUACCUUUAAUAAUAAAAAUAAAGUUAAAGCAGUGUAAUAACCUCUUGUAUUUUCUGCUAUUAUAUUUUAGAUAUUAUUUUAUUUUUUCUGUAUAAAUUGAUGUAUUCAUAAUCUUGUAAUUAAAUAAAUGAUUGGAUAAAGUGGCUGAUUUAUGAUACCCAAAUGUUUAGGUC